CGGGCCCUGGGGAGGGAGAAGAGCCCGCGUCGCGCAUGCGCGGAGUGGUGCCGGCGUUAUGGCGGACCCGGGAGCUGCUGUGCGGUGCUCGCUCCUGCAGCUGCAGGAGUCCCUGUCCGCAGCAGACCGCUGCAGCGCCGCCGUGGCCAGUUACCAGCUGAUCCGUGGCUUGGGGCAGGAGUGUGUGCUCAGCACUAGCUCUGCAAUGCUGGCACUGCAGAUUUCCUUAGUUUUUUCCAGAGAGUUUGGUUUGCUUGUAUUUAUCCGGAAGUCACUUAGCAUUGAUGAAUUUCGUGAUUGUAGAGAGGAAGCCCUGAAAUUUUUAUGUGUUUUCUUAGAGAAAAUUGAGCAGAAGGUCACACAUUACUCUCUUGAUAUUAAGAAUACUUGUACCAGUGUGUAUACAAAAGAUAAGACUGCUAAGUGUAAAAUUUCGGCCCUAGACCUUCUGAUUAAGUUACUUAAGAGACUGAGAAGUUCUAGACUCAUGGAUGAAUUUAAGAUUGGAGAGUUAUUUAACAAAUUCUAUGGAGAACUUGCAUCAAAGGCAAAACUGUCUGAUACAGUUUUAGAAAAAGUCUAUGAGCUCUUGGGAGUAUUGGGUGAGGUUCAUCCUAGUGACAUGAUAAAUCAUUCAGAAAACCUGUUCCGGGCUCUUCUGGGAGAACUUAAGACACAGAUGACAUCAACACUAAGAGAACCCAAAUUUCCUGUUCUAGCUGGCUGUCUAAAGGGACUGUCCUCACUUCUGUGCAACUUCACUAAGUCCAUGGAUGAAGAUCCCCAGACUUCGAGGGAGAUUUUUGGUUUUACAUUAAAAGCAAUUCGUCCUCAGAUCGAGAUGAAGCGAUAUGCUGUGCCUUUGGCUGGCUUACGAUUACUUACCCUCCAUGCAUCUCAGUUUACUCCCUGCCUUCUGGACAGCUAUACUACUUUAUUUGAAGUACUGUCAAAGUGGUGCAGCCAUCCAAACAUGGAAUUAAAAAAAGCUGCACAUUCAGCCCUGGAGUCCUUUCUGAAGCAGGUUUCAUUUACUGUGGCAGAAGAUGCAGAGUUGCAUAAGAGUAAACUGCAGUACUUUAUGGAACAGUUCUAUGGGAUCAUCAGAAAUGCAGAUUCAAACAACAAGGAGUUAGCCAUUGCUAUUCGUGGAUAUGGACUAUUUGCAGGACCUUGCAAGGUUAUAAAUGCAAAAGAUGUGGACUUCAUGUACGUGGAGCUCAUUCAGCGCUGUAAGCAGAUGUUCCUCACCCAGGCAGACGCUACUGAGGACCACGUUUACCAGAUGCCGAGUUUCCUCCAGUCCAUUGCAAGUGUCCUGCUGCACCUCGACACCGUUCUGGAAGUAUAUACUCCAGUUCUGGAACAUCUCAUGGUGGUACAAAUAGACUGCUUCCCUCAGUAUAGUCCCAAAAUGCAGCUGGUGUGUUGUAAAGCAAUAGUAAAAGUUUUCCUAGCCUUAGCAGAAAAAGGGCCAGUUCACUGGAAUUGCAUUAGUACUGUGGUGCAUCAAGGUUUAAUUAGAAUAUGUUCUAAACCCGUGGUUCUUCAAAAGGAUGUUGAGUCCAAGUUUGAAGACCGUCGGGCCUCAGGGGAAGUCAGAACGGGCAAGUGGAAAGUGCCCACACACAAAGACUAUGUGGAUCUUUUCCAGCAUCUUUUAGCCUGUGACCAGAUGGCGGAUUUUAUUUUAGGAGAUGAAACAUUUCUCUUUGUGAAUUCCUCCCUUCAAAGUCUGAAUCAUCUACUCUAUGAUGAAUUUAUAAGAUCAGUUUUGAAGAUUGUGGAAAAAUUGGAUCUUACACUGGAUAAACAGACUGUUGGAGAGCAAGAGGAUGGAAGCUCUACUGGUGUUUGGGUGAUUCCAACUUCAGAUCCAGCCGCUAAUCUGCACGCUGCUAAACCAAAAGAUUUUUCAGCUUUCAUUAACCUGGUGGAGUUUUGCAGGGAUAUUCUUCCUAAGAAACAAGUAAAAUUUUUUGAACCAUGGAUCUACUCAUUUUCAUAUGAGCUAAUUUUACAGUCUACACGGUUGCCACUCAUCAGUGGCUUCUACAAAUUACUGUCUAUUGCAGUGAGAAAUGCCAAGAAAAUAAAAUAUUUUGAGGGAAUUAGCCCGAAGAGUCGGAAGCAUUCUCCUGAAGAUUCAGAAAAGUACUCUUGCUUUGCUUUAUUUGCAAAAUUUGGCAAAGAGGUGUCAGUUAAAAUGAAGCAGUACAAGGAUGAACUUCUGGCCUCCUGUGUGACUUUCGUUCUGUCCUUGCCACAUGGCAUCAUUGAGCUCGAUAUCAGAGCCUAUCUUCCUGCGCUACAGAUGGCUUUGAAGCUGGGCCUGAGCCAUAUGCCACUGGCAGAAAUAGGCCUGCGUGCCCUUGAGGAAUGGUCGGUUCACAUUGACAAGUCUGUAAUGCAGCCUUAUUACAAAGACAUCCUCCCCUGCCUCGAUGGAUACCUGAAAACUUCAACCUUAUCAGAUGAAACCAAGAGCUACUGGGAAGUGUCAGCACUUUCUCGGGCUGCCCAGAAGGGAUUUAAUAGUGCUGUAUUGAAGCACCUGAAAAGGACUACAAAUAUUUCACCAGAUGAAGCACUAUCCUUAGAAGAAAUAAGAAUUAGAGUAGUACAGAUACUGGGAUCUCUAGGAGGACAAAUAAACAAAAAUCUUGUGACAGCUGCAUCAGGAGGAAGAAUGAAGAAGUAUGUGGCGUGGGACAGGGAGAAAAGACUCACCUUUGCCGUUCCCUUCAGAGAGAUGAAGCCGGUCAUCUAUCUGGAUGUCUUCCUGCCUCGGGUCACUGAGCUGGCUCUUUCUGCUAGUGAUCGGCAAACUAAAGUGGCAGCUUGUGAACUGUUGCACAGUGUGGUUAUGUUUAUGUUGGGAAGAGCCACUCAGAUGCCUGAAGGCCAAGGCUUGCCUCCCAUGUACCAGCUCUAUAAGCACACAUUUCCUGUGCUACUUCAGCUCGCAUGUGAUGUGGAUCAAGUGACAAGGCAGCUCUACGAACCACUUGUUAUGCAGCUGAUUCACUGGUUCACUAACAAUAAGAAAUUUGAAAGUCAAGAUACUGUGGCCUUACUAGAAGCCAUACUGGAUGGUAUUGUGGACCCUGUUGACUGUACUUUAAGAGAUUUUUGUGGACGGUGUAUUCACGAAUUCCUCAAGUGGUCCAUUAAGCAAACAACACCUCAGCAGCAAGAGAAGAGUCCUGUAAACAGCAAGUCACUUUUCAAGCGGCUCUACAGUCUUGCUCUUCACCCUAAUGCUUUCAAGAGGCUAGGCGCAGCGCUUGCUUUUAACCACAUCUACAGGGAAUUCAGGGAAGAAGAAUCCUUGGUUGAACAGUUUGUGUUUGAAGCCUUAGUGACAUUUAUGGAAAGCCUGGCCUUGGCACACGCAGAUGAGAAAUCCUUAGGUACAAUUCAGCAAUGCUGUGAUGCCAUUGACCACCUAAGACGCAUCAUUGAAAAGAAGCACGUUUCUUUAAACAAAGCAAAGAAACGACGUUUGCCACGGGGAUUUCCACGUUUGACAUCAUUGUGUUUAUUGGAUCUGGUCAAGUGGCUUUUAGCUCACUGUGGAAGGCCUCAGACAGAAUGUCGACACAAGUCUAUAGAACUCUUUUAUAAAUUUGUUCCUCUAUUGCCAGGCAACAAAUCCCCUUCUCUAUGGGUGAAAGAUCUUACAAAAGUGGAAGGUAUUUCUUUUCUCAUAAACACAUUUGAAGGAGCAGUUAGCGGCGGUGACCAGCCAGCAGGCAUUCUUGCUCAGCCAACCCUCCUCCACCUGCAAGGACCGGUCAGCCUGCGAGCAGUACUGCAGUGGCUGGACUUGCUCCUGGCAGCACUGGAGUGCUACAACACGUUCAUCGAGGAGAAGACUGUGGAUGUGCAAGAGGUCCUGGGUACUGAAGCACAGUCUUCACUUUUGAAAUCAGUGGCUUUCUUUUUAGAAAGCAUAGCAACAUACGAUGCCAGAGCAGUGGAACAGCGCUUUGGCACUGGGGUGACUGGCCCUCCCAGCCUACAAGAGGAAGAACAAUACAACUACAGCAAAUGCACAGUCUUGGUGCGGAUUGUGGAAUUUACCACAACCCUUCUCAACAGCUUUCCAGAAGUGUGCAAGCUCCUGGACAAGGACUUGUGUAACAUAUACCUUAUGAAGGUCUUAGUGCAAAUGCUCUGCGAGCCCCUGAGCAUAGGCUUCAACACUGGCGACUUGCAGGUUAUGAGCCAUCUCCCCAGCAUUUGUGUGAACCUGCUGAAAGCACUAAGGAAGUCCCCGUACAGAGACAUGCUGGAGACUCAGCUGAAGGAGAAAGUGACAGUACAGAGUGUUGAAGAGCUUUGUGCCAUUAAUUUGUGUAGCUCUGAUACUCACCAGAAGAGGACCAAGUUGUUGUCUGUCUUAUCAGCCUGUAAACAGCUUCACAAAGCUGGUUUCUCUCAUGUUAUAUCACCACCUCAGUCUACAGCGUUGGAUUGUUCCAUUGGCGUGAGACUGCUCUCCUUGGUUUUUAAAGGCAUUGCACCUACAGAGGAAAGGCAGUGCCUGCAGUCAUUGGACCCCAGCUGCAAGAGCCUGGCCAAUGGACUCCUGGAGUUGGCCUUUGCUUUUGGAGGACUGUGUGAGCACCUUGUGAGUUUGCUCCUGAAUCCGGCACUGUUGUCUACACAAUAUUUGGGCAGUUCACAGAGGAACAUCAGCUUCUCCCACGGGGAGUAUUUCUAUAGCUUGUUCUCAGAAGUAAUCAACGGUGAGCUAUUGAAAAACCUUGAUGUUGCUGUAUCAGAGCUCAUGAAAUCAUCAGUAGAUAAUCCCCAUAUGGUGAGUACUGUUUUAAAUGGCAUGUUAGAUCAGAGCUUCAGGGAUCGAGCCAUUCAGAAACAGCAGGGACUGAAACUUGCAGCUGCAAUUCUGCAAAACUGGAGGAAGUGUGAAUCAUGGUGGGCCACAGACUCUGCUCCAGAAAGCAAAACCACAGUGCUGUCCUUACUGGCAAAAAUGUUGCAGAUUGAUUCAACUUUAUCUUUUGAUACAAAUCACAGCUCGUUUUCUGAAGUAUUCACAACGUAUGCUAGUCUACUUGCUGAUACAAAGUUGGGUCUGCACUUAAAGGGCCAAGCUAUCAUUCUCCUUCCGUUCUUCACCAGCCCGACAGAAGGUGGUCUAGAAAACCUAAAGCACAUUCUGGAAAAGCUCAUCGUUUCUAACUUCCCCAUGACGUCUGAUGAAUUUCCCCCCGAUUCCCUAAAGUACAAUAAUUAUGUGGACUGUAUGAAAAAGUUUCUAGAUGCGUUGGAAUUAUCUCAGAGUCCUAUGUUGUUUCAGUUGAUGACAGAGAUUCUUUGUCGGGAACAGCAACAUAUUAUGGAAGAAUUGUUUCAAAUUACUUUCCAAAGGAUUGCUAGGCGGAGUCCAUAUGUCACACAAUUAAACCUUCUGGAAAGUGUAUACACAAUGUUCCGGAAGGAUGACCUGCCUUCAAAUGUCACUCGCCAGGCAUUUGUAGAUCGCUCUCUCCUCACCAUAUUGGGUCACUGUGACUUGGACACACUGAAAGAGUUCUUUAACAGAAUUGUGGUGGAAGCCAUUGAUGUAUUGAAGUCCAGAUUUACAAAGCUAAAUGAAUUUACCUUUGAUACUCAAAUCACCAAGAAGAUGUGCUAUUACAAGAUGCUAGCUGUGAUGUAUUCUCGUCUUUCAAAAGAUGAUGUUCACUCCAAAGAAUCUAAGAUUAAUCAGGCUUUCCAUGGCUCCUGUGUCGCAGAAGGAAAUGAGCUUACAAAGAUACUUCUUAAGUUGUGCCACGAUGCAUUUACAGAGAAUAUGGCAGGGGAGAGCCAGUUGCUCAAGCGGAGGCGGCUCUAUCACUGUGCUGCAUACAACUGUGCCAUUUCUGUGAUAUGCUGUGUCUUCAAUGAAUUAAAAUUUUACCAAGGUUUUUUGUUUAGUGAAAAACCAGAAAAGAACUUGUUUAUUUUUGAAAAUCUGAUAGACCUGAAGCGGUGCUAUACAUUUCCUAUAGAAGUUGAGGUUCCUAUGGAAAGAAAGAAAAAGUACAUUGAAAUUAGGAAAGAGGCCAGGCUUGCAGCAAAUGAGGCUUCAGGUGGGCCUCAUUAUAUGUCUUCGUUGUCAUAUUUGGCAGACAGCAGCCUCAGCGAAGAAAUGAGUCAAUUUGAUUUCUCAACUGGAGUUCAUAGCUAUUCGUACAGCUCUCAAGACCGCACACCUACCAGUGGCCAUUAUCAGAGACGGGAGCAUCAGGAUUCUGUGGUCCAGGCCGACACGCUGGACUUAGAGAUGGAUGAAGUCAACCAACAUGAAUGCAUGGCGACCAUGACAGCCCUGAUUAAACACAUGCAGAGAAACCUGAUCACACCCAGGGAAAAAGAAGGUUCAGUACCAAAAGAUCUCCCACCUUGGAUGAAAUUUCUUCAUGACAAACUAGGAAAUACAUCAGUUUCUUUAAAUAUCCGUCUCUUCUUAGCCAAGCUUGUUAUUAAUGCAGAAGAGGUCUUUCGCCCUUACGCGAAGCACUGGCUCGGCCCCUUGCUGCAGCUGGCUGUCUCUGAGAACAGUGGAGAAGGAAUUCACUACAUGGUGGUGGAAAUAGUAGUCACCGUUCUCUCCUGGACAAGCAUGGCCACACCUACAGGGGUCCCUAAGGAUGAAGUGUUAGCAAAUCGAUUGCUUCACUUUCUAAUGAAAGAAGUCUUCCAUCCCAAAAGAGCUGUGUUCAGACACAACCUUGAAAUUAUUAAAACGCUUGUGGAAUGCUGGAAGGACUGCCUUUCCAUCCCUUACAGGUUAAUAUUUGAAAAAUUUUCCCAUAAGGACCCAAAUUCUAAGGAUAACUCUGUAGGAAUUCAAUUAUUAGGCAUUGUAAUAGCUAAUAACUUGCCUCCCUAUGACCCACAAUGUGAUAUAACAAGUACCAAGUAUUUUGAAGCUUUAGUGAAUAACAUGUCCUUUGUGAAGUAUAAAGAAGUCUAUGCAGCUGCAGCAGAAGUUCUAGGACUUACUCUUCAACAUCUCACUGAGAGGAAACAUGUGCUAGCAGAGUCAGUAUGUGAACUGGUUGUAAAACAACUAAAGCAACAUCAAAACAGUAUGGAAGACAAAUUUAUUGUAUGCUUAAACAAAGUAGUGAAGGGCUUCCCUCCUCUUGCUGACAGGUUCUUGAAUGCUUUGUUCUUCCUGCUGCCAAAAUUUCAUGGAGUAAUGAAGACGCUUUGUCUGGAAGUGGUGCUUUGUCGAGCAGAGGAGAUUACAGGCCUGUACUUAGAGUUAAAGAGUAAGGAUUUUCUUCAAGUCAUGAGACAUAGAGACGAUGAAAGACAAAAGGUGUGUUUGGAUAUAGUUUAUAAGAUGAUGGCAAAAUUAAAACCAGUAGAACUUCGAGAACUUCUGAAUCCUGUUAUGGAAUUUAUUUCCCACCCUUCUUCAGUGUGUAGAGAACAGAUGUAUAAUAUUCUUAUGUGGAUUCAUGACAAUUACAGAGAUGCAGAAAGUCAAAGGGAUGAAGACUCCCAGGAAAUAUUUAAACUGGCAAAAGAUGUGCUGAUUCAAGGCCUGAUGGAUGAGAACCUUGGACUCCAAUUAAUUAUUCGGAAUUUCUGGAGCCAUGAAACCAGAUUACCAUCCAAUACACUGGACCGGUUGUUGGCAUUAAAUUCUUUAUAUUCUCCUAAGAUCGAAGUCCACUUUUUAAGUUUAGCAACAAACUUCCUGCUUGAAAUGACCAGGAUGAGCCCAGAUUAUCUGAACCCCAUCUUUGAGCACCCUCUGUCAGAAUGUGAAUUUCAGGAGUAUACCAUCGAUCCUGACUGGCGUUUUCGAAGUACUAUCCUCACUCCAAUGUUUAUUGAGACCCAGGCCUCCCCAAGCACUUUCCACACCCAAACCCAGGAAGGAUCCCUCUCAGACGGAAGGCAGAAGUCUGGGCAAGUGCGGGCCACCCAACAGCAGUACAACUUCACCCCAACACAAACCACAGUUGAAAGGAGCUCAUUUGAUUGGCUAACCGGGAGCAGCGUUGACCUGUUGGCAGAGCACACAGUGCCUCCAGAAUCCUUGUCUUCCUCCUUGUUGUUUGCCCAUCAGAGGAGUGAAAAGUCUCAGAGACCAUCAUGGAAGUCAGUAGGACCUGACUUUGGGAUUAAAAAGCUGGGUCUUCCUGGUGACAAGGUGGAUAACCAAGUGAAAAGCGGCACUCCCAGCCGGGCAGAAAUUCUGAGAUUACGCAGACGAUUUCUAAAGGACCAAGAAAAACUCAGUCUGCUCUAUGCCAAAAGGGGCCUCGUGGAACAAAAACUAGAGAAGGAUAUCAAGAGUGAAUUAAAAACGAAGCAGGGUGCCCAGAUUGUCCUGUACAGAAGUUAUCGUCACGGUGACCUUCCUGACAUCCAGAUCCAGCACAGCAGUCUGAUCACCCCCUUGCAGGCCCUGGCCCAGAAAGAUCCAAUGAUUGCAAAACAACUCUUCAGCAGCUUGUUUUCUGGGAUUUUGAAGGAAAUGAAUAAAUUUAGGACAACAUCUGAAAAAGACAUCACUCAAAAUUUGCUUCAAGACUUCAACCGUUUCCUGAAUACCACUUUCUUGUUCUUUCCACCCUUCAUCUCUUGCAUCCAGGAAAUCAGUUGCCAACACCCAGACUUGCUGAGUCUAGACCCGGCCGCUGUUCGAGUGGGCUGCCUGGCCAGUCUGCAGCAGCCGGGGGGUAUCCGUCUUCUGGAAGAGGCCCUCCUACAGCUGGUGCCCGAAGAACCACCCUCCAAACGACUCCGAGGCAAGACUUGCUUGCCUCCUGAUGUUACUCGGUGGAUGGAACUUGCUAAACUAUACCGGUCGAUCGGGGAGUAUGAUGUCCUCCGCGGCAUUUUCAGCAGUGAGUUAGGAACAAAGCAGGACACUCAGAAGGCACUGCUGGCAGAAGCCAGAAGCGAUUAUUCUCAAGCUGCUAAACUGUAUAAUGAGGCUUUGAGUAAGCAGGAGUGGGCUGACGGGGAGCCCACAGAGGCGGAGAAGGGGUUUUGGGAGCUGGCACUGCUUGAGUGUUACAGCAGCCUCUCGGAGUGGGAAGCACUUGAUUAUUGCUCCACAGCCAGCUUAGGCAGCGAGAGCCCUCCAGGCCUAAGUAAAGUGUGGAGUGAGCCGUUUUACCAGGAGACAUAUCUGCCAUAUGUGAUCCGCAGCAAACUGAAGCUGCUGCUUCAAGGAGAAGGCAACCAGUCUCUGCUAACCUUUGUGGAUGAAGCCAUGCACCAGGAGCUGCGGCAGAAGGUUCUGGAGUUCCAGUACAGUCAGGAGCUGAGUCUCCUUUACAUCCUGCAAGAUGACAUGGACAGAGCCACAUACUACAUUAAAAAUGGCAUUCAGACUUUUAUGCAGAAUUAUUCUAGUAUUGAUGUCCUCUUGCACAGAAGUAGACUCGCCAAAUUACAAUCUGUACAGACUUUAGCAGAAAUUGAGGAGUUCCUCAACUUUAUACGUAAGCACGGUGAUUUAUCAUCUCUGGGUCCCCUUAGGAGGCUUCUAAAAACCUGGACAAACAGAUACCCAGAUGCUGUGACAGACCCAAUGCACAUCUGGGAUGACAUCAUCACAAAUCGCUGCUUCUUCCUCAGUAAAAUAGAGGAGAGACUGACUGUUCCUUCAGGUGAUCCCAGUAUGGACGUAGAUGAGGACGAAGACUCCAUUGACAGAGAAGAGUGUGAGUCAAGGGAAGAUGUUCGUUCCAUGAUCCAGAGCUGCAGGUUCACCAUGAAGAUGAAGAUGGUGGAAAGUGCAUGGAAGCAGAGUAAUUUCUCACUUGCCAUGAAACUCCUGAAAGAGAUGCGUAAACAAUCAAGAACAAGAGAGACUUGGCAAGUGCAGUGGAUGCACAGUUACACCCAGCUGAGCCACUGCCGGAGCCGCACCCAGAGCCCUCAGGAGCAAGUCCUCAGCAUGCUCAAAGCCAUCAUGCUGCUGGAUGAGGGCAACAUUUCAGGCUACUUCAAUAAAAAUAUUCAGGCCUCUUGUGACCAGAACAUUCUCCUGGGCACCACUUUCAGGAUCAUGGCUGAUGCCCUCAGCAGGGAGCCGUCGUGCCUGUCUGACCUGGAGGAAAGCAAGGCCAAAUCAGUCUUGGCAGUUUCUGGAUCAAACACAGAAAGCACAGAGAGGGUAAUCUCAGGUCUGUACCAGAGAGCAUUCUAUCACCUCUCCAUGGCUGCGCAGUCCGCCGAAAAGGAAAGCCAGCUUUCCUGCUGGGGCCACGAGGCUGCAGCUGAGCAGGCCCGUGCUUACAUGACACUGGUAGGUUUCUGCGACCAACAGCUCCGAAAGGUAGAAGAGAGUACAUCCAGUGCUUCACAGAAGAGAAGUGCAGAACUGGAAGCGUAUCCAGCACUUGUGGUGGAGAAAAUGUUGAGAGCAUUAAAAUUAAAUUCUUCCGAAGCCAGGCUGAGGUUUCCUAGGUUACUUCAGAUUAUAGAACAGUAUUCAGAGGAGACCUUACACAUAAUGAUGAAAGAGAUUUCAUCCAUUCCUUGCUGGCAGUUCAUUGGCUGGAUCAGCCACAUGGUGGCCUUACUGGACAAAGAGGAAGCCGUUGCAGUGCAGCACACUGUGGAAGAGAUUGCUGAUAACUACCCACAGGCCAUUAUCUACCCUUUUAUAAUAAGCAGUGAAAGCUACUCCUUUAAGCACACUUCUUCUGGUCAUGAUAAUAAAGCAUUUGUUGAGAGGAUAAAAAGUAAACUUGGUCAAGGAGGAGUGGUUCAAGGUUUUAUUAAUGCCCUAGAUCAGCUCUCCAAUCCUGAACUGCUCUUUAAGGACUGGAUUACUGAUACAAAAGAUGAACUAAGAAGAAAUCCCGUAAAUAAAGAAAAUAUUGAGAAGCUGUAUAAAAGGAUGCACAGUGCCUUGGGCGACCUGCAGGCUCCAGGCUUGGGGCCCUUUAGAAGGAGGUUCAUACAGGCCUUUGGGAAAGAAUUUGACAAAAGCUUUGGGAUUGGUGGCUCUAAGUUGCCUACAAUGAAGCUCAGGGACUUUCACAAUAUCACUGAGUCACUAUUUGAAAGGAUGAGAAAAGACUCAAAGCCACCCGGGAACCUGAAAGAGUACUCUCCCUGGAUGAGUGUGUUCAAAGUGCAGUUCCCGGAACUGGAGAUUCCUGGCCAGUAUGACGGCAAGAGCAAACCGUUGCCUGAGUAUCAUGUGCGGGUCUCUGGAUUUGAUGAGCGGGUAAAAGUAAUGCUCUCCUUGAGGAAACCAAAGCGCAUUGUUAUUCGAGGCCAUGAUGAAAAGGAGUACCCCUUCCUGGUAAAAGGUGGUGAGGACCUCCGUCAGGACCAGCGCAUUGAGCAGCUCUUUGAGGUCAUGAAUGCCAUUCUCUCUCAGGAUGCUGCCUGCAGUCAGAGAAACAUGCAGUUGAGGACUUACCGUGUUGUGCCCAUGACCUCCAGAUUAGGACUAAUUGAAUGGAUUGAAAAUACUAUGACCUUGAGGGACCUUCUUUUGAGUAAUAUGUCACAAGAGGAAAAAGUGGCUUAUAACAGUAACCCGAAAGCACCAAUUCAUGAAUAUAAGGACUGGCUGAGAAAAGUGUCAGGGGAAAGUGGUGCUGGAGCCUAUAUGCUAAUGUAUAAAAGAGCUAACCAUACAGAAACAGUUGUGGCUUUUAGAAGAAGGGAAAAUAAUGUGCCUGCUGAUCUCUUAAAGCGGGCCUUUGUAAAGAUGAGCACCAGCCCUGAGGCCUUCCUGGCACUACGUUCCCACUUUGCCAGCUCUCACGCACUGCUGUGUAUCAGCCAUUGGCUCCUCGGUAUUGGAGACAGACACCUGAGCAAUUUCAUGGUGGCCAUGGAGACAGGCAGCGUGAUUGGAAUUGAUUUCGGACAUGCGUUUGGGUCAGCUACUCAGUUUCUUCCAGUCCCUGAGUUGAUGCCUUUUCGUCUAACCCGCCAAUUUGUCAGUCUCAUGUUGCCAAUGAAAGAAACUGGUCUUGUGUGCACAGUCAUGGUGCAUGCACUGCGGGCUUUUCGCUCAUGUGCAGAUCUCCUCACUGACACCAUGGAGGUUUUUGUGAAGGACCCCUCCUUUGAUUGGAAGGGUUUUGAGCAGAAAAUGCUGAAAAAAGGAGGAUCAUGGAUUCAAGAAGUAAAUGUAACUGAAAAGAAUUGGUAUCCUCAGCAUAAAAUACGCUACGCUAAGAGGAAGUUAGCAGGGGCCAACCCAGCAGUUAUAACCUGUGAUGAGCUAUGUCUAGGCCAUGAAAUGGAACCUGCCUUUGGGAGUUACACAGCCGUUGCUCGAGGAAACAAAGACCACAACAUUCGUGCCCUAGUACCAGAGAGUGGCCUUUCAGAAGAGACUCAAGUGAAGUGCUUGGUGGACCAGGCAACAGACCCCAACAUCCUUGGCAGGACUUGGGAAGGGUGGGAGCCUUGGAUGUAAAGUCUAUGGUGUCACCAGCUACAAAGCACUCUGUCUCUGAGGAAGUCUCCUAGACCUUCACUGACAACAGGCUUUUACUAAAGCACUAAAGAAAAGAAGUCUACUUUGUAGUGCUGGUGAAAGGCAGUGGGUAAAGGCACUUGCUGCCAACACUAGUGGACUAAGUUCAGUCCCUAGGGCCCAUAUUGUGGGAACAGAGAAGCAAGUCCUGCAAGUUGUCCUUUGACCUCCACACAUGUGCCACGUUGUACAUUCACCCGUACAUACAUGCAUGCACAAAUUUAAAAAUAAAAAGUAUAAAUAUUUCUUCCUCUUUUCA